AAGAAUCUCAGCCUGGACCAACCUCAGGACCUAUAAAAGAUGAUGUGAAAUUGUUGAUAGGUAGGUGAGCUUGUGCUUAAAUUUUUGCCUUCUUUAUUAUUUUGUGAUUCCAUUUGGACCAGGGAAAUGUUUGCAACUAUAGUGCUUUUUGUUUCCAUUUGCUUGACCAGCGGCAGCCGUGCAGACCACCACCAGCACUGUCAUUCCCCCAACAUGACUGGAUUAAUGCGAGUGAUGACCCUAAAGGGUGAGAUGAGAGCAGUCGGUGCAUUCACUUAUGAUUCGGUGGGUAAGAAACUGCGGUUCAGAUCCAACGAGAGCCACCCCGCAAACUCCUCCUUUGGUUUGGACCUGCUGAUGCUCUUUGAAGAGGGGAUUUUUUACGAGAUUGACAGCAAAAACCAGAGCUGUGAGAAAAAGAAACUGCAAAUGGACUUGCAUCCGCUGGACAUCCCUGACGACGCCACGUUUUCCUGCACGCUGACCUCUGGGAGCCUGUCCAUUGAAGGAGAGGGGCUGAAAGUAAACAUCUGGACAGGAUCACUGACCAACAUGAAAGGCUCCUACUCCAUGUCUGUAACUAUGGGAUGUUUGCCUGUCAGCACUUUCUAUUUCACUGAAACCACCUCAUUCUAUUUCAGCAACACGGAUGUUGAACUUGAGGUCAAGGAUCCAGAUCUCCUUGUGGUUCCCUCAUUUUGUCAUGGAAAGCCUUUGGAGGAGACUCCUGAGGGGACAGUAAACAGUUUCCUGAAUGAGUUCAUGUAGAUGAAACCUGCCAGUAGAAACGUUAACCUCAAUCGAAACGCAACUCACUCGAAUUUUCUCUUUUUCUUUUAUGAGUUUACCUUUGACACUGAACUUCAUCUCCUCUUGAUGCCAUCACUCGUUCUGCUACCUUAAAGCAAAAAAUACUCAUAUUGCAUUCAUGCAUUUUAAUGUAAGAGGUAAGAGAUAGCAUGUACUACAGAAAUAGACAAUAGUACUAACAAUCAGCGGCUCUUCAAGUUGGUGUACCACUUACAACACUUGUAUGACACGAUUAAUGGAACAAUAAAAUGUCAAAGCUA